AUUUAUAGUUUAAAUAAAAACAAAUAAAAUUACUUAACUACCCUCACCCACCCAAUCCCUAUUCUUCCCCUUCUUUCUUUCUCUUUCUUUCUUUCCUGCCUUGGGUCUCCACUUCCGAUGGCUACUCUGGGUCUCAUCGGAAACCAGCCUGCUGGGUCUCGUCGGAACCCAACAAGGGAGACCCAGCCAGGCUGGGUUCGACGAGACCCAGCCUUGCUGGGUUCAACGAGACCCAGAUCUGCUGCGUUCCGUCCAACCCAGCAAGCCAGGGUCUCGUCAAACCUAGCAAGCCUGGGUCUUGUCGAACCCAGCCAGUCUCCCUUGCUGGGUUUCGACGAGACCUAACAAGCUGGGUUUCCCCGAACCCAAUAAGACUGGGUU